AUGGACCAUCAUUGCCCGUGGACCCGAAACUGCGUCUCUAUGACCACCUUUCCGCACUUCCUGCGGUUCCUUGUCUACGCCAACCUGUCCCUUUGGGCUCUGGGGAGACUUUUGUACCAACGGCUGUUUGCUCUCUGGGAGGCUCGCCACCUACCCGCGUACCUAGGCCCUAGCCUUGAGGCGCUGGUCGCUUUGGCCUUGAUGUCGCUUAUUUGCUUCUUCACCACUCUCGCACUCGGAAUCAUGUUAAUCAGCACACUCAAAUCCUGGCUGUUCAACUGCACCACGAUCGAAAGCUGGGAGAUAGACCGGCACGAAGCUGUUCUCGACCGCGGGGGACGUCGUUCGUGGAACAUUACAGGUCCUGACGGAGAAAAUAUUAUAGUUGAAAGAGUGGAGUUCCCUUAUGAUAUUGGGUUUUUUGCCAACAUGGCGCAAGCAAUGGGUACAUCAAACCCUCUUCUCUGGCUGUUCCCGCUGGCAGGCCACCCCGAGUUAUUGAAGGAUGCCGGUGGAUGGGUGUGGGCCGAAAAUGGCUUCAACCAUAGAGAGGGCAUGUGGCCCCCCCCUGACCCGGAAAAAAUAAGUCGUGCGGCAAGAUCACAGCCUUUAUCACGGAAGGACUAUAACACAGACCUACGAGAUGCAGUCUUGAGUCCGGAGGAAUGGAAGCGGGCAUUCAAAGAGCGCCAGGAACGGGACGCGAGGCAUCGCAAGAUGAUUUUGGCGGAGCUGGAUGACGUUAACGCGUAUGAAGUAGUUGACAUGAACAUUCACGGUGGGUACGAAUCGGAUGAAUGUGGAUCCCAUGAGUGGGUGAACCACGAUGGCGACCGCCUGCAAGACUACGGCGUGGAUGAGGAGGCUGAGAACGUCGAUACUGGACACCCGAACUGUGACGAUGACAAUGUGCCCCUUGGAGAGCUGCUGCGGCGGAGAAGAGUGUUGUUGCCUAGCGACAGAGUGUACCAGGCAGCAGGCUGA